AUGGUCAGCGCCAAGUACCUCCUCCUCGCAGCUGCCAGCUGCCUCACCGUGGCCGCCAACGGCAGCGUCUGGUGGCACACUUGCGGUGGUUCUCACGAAGACUUCCGCGGCGUCAGCCCUUGCAUCAAGCUCGGCAGCUCCUUCCGUUCGGUCGGGCUGACCCGCGACGGCAACAAGUCAACCACUUGCAGCAUUUAUUCCGACGACAACUGCAGAGACGAGAAGCAGAGCGUGGGCGCCAGUGGCUCGUACUCUUGCACGGCCUUCAACCAGAACUCGGGCAGCAUGAGGUGCUACUUCAAUGUUUGA